UCCAAAUUUAUUCCCCAAUUUGAUUCUUUCCUUUUUAUUCUUUUUGAAAAUUAUUUUUCUUUAAUCUUCUCAUGGGUUCCAUUUACCAACUGUUGAGUAUGUGAAGUGUUAAAGGGGGCUGCUUUGGCCGCUUAUGCUCUUUCUCUCUCUAUCUCUCUGCAUCUUUGGUCCAAUUGGUCCAAAGUAAUUGAAGAAAAGGGAAAGAGGAAAGAAAAGGAAAACUGAAGUCUUUCUUUCUCUGCUUCUCUUUCAAGUCUCUUAUCCUAUCCCUGUCUGAUUCAGCUGUGAGAUACUAAAGAAGCUUUCAGCUGUGAGAUAAUAAAGAAGCUUUCUGCUGUGUAUGAAGUUUGUUGCUGUUAUUUUUUUUCCCAGUUUUUUGAAUCUGGGUUCUUGAAUUUUAAUUGUUAAGGGUUUCGAUUCAUGUCCUUGGAUUCUUUAGAGGUGAAAGAGCUUCUUCCCAGUUCCCCAGAUGACGAUAUGUCGAAACGAGAAGCUUUAUUUCAAUGCUUUAACUUAUGCUUCUGGAUUUUACUUAGUUUUGUUAGGAAGUGGGUUUCUGUGUGGGUGACUUUGUUCUUCUGUAGUUUGAUAUGGAUUUUUUUGCAUCUAUUGCUGUUCUCUGAUCGUGAAGUUGUGUUUAAAAUCUGCCUCAGAGGAGUCUCUGAACACAGCUGGGUUUUGUAGAAAUUUGUAUACUUGUGUAUAUAUUUUGAGUUAUGAUCAAGCAAAUACUUGGUAGGCUUCCACGGAAGCCAUCAAAAUCUUCGGAGAAUCGUGAAUUUGGGAGUCCAUCUGCACCUUCUCUGAAUACUUCCACUAGUUCUGGAAGCAGUGAUCUUGUGAGUAAUAGGCCUGCCACUGUCAAUAGUUCGUCUCCUCCAGGCUCUAAUUCUGCUUCACAUUUAGGUUAUGGUCAUGGAAGUAAGCCUACCCAGUCUGUGAAUCAAAAAAUAAAUGGCAAUUUAGUUGUUGCUCCUUAUGAGACAUUGCCAGGAUUUAAGGAUGUCCCCAAUUCUGAGAAGCAAAAUUUGUUUAUUAGAAAGCUGAACUUGUGUUGUGUGGUGUUUGACUUCAUUGAUCCAACUAAGGGUUUAAAAGAAAAGGACAUUAAGCGCCAGACGUUGGUGGAGCUUGUGGAUUAUGUUACUUCUGCAAAUGGGAAGUUCACAGAAACUGUCUUGCAAGAAGUUAUAAAGAUGGUAUCUGUGAAUUUGUUUAGGUCGCUUAAUCCACAACCCCGCGAUAAUAAGGUUCUACAAGCGUUUGAUUUGGAAGAAGAGGAGCCCUUGAUGGACCCUGCAUGGCCUCACUUGCAAAUUGUUUAUGAAUUCUUUCUUAGAUUUGUUGCUUCUCCUGAGACAGAUGCAAAGUUGGCAAAGAGGUACAUUGAUCACUCUUUUGUUCUCAAGUUGCUAGAUCUGUUUGAUUCUGAGGAUCCAAGGGAGAGGGAGUACCUGAAGACAAUUCUACAUCGCAUCUAUGGGAAGUUUAUGGUUCAUCGCCCAUUUAUAAGGAAGUCUAUUAACAACAUUUUCUUCCGAUUUAUUUUUGAGACAGAGAAACACAAUGGAAUUGCAGAGCUUUUAGAGGUUUUAGGAAGUAUAAUCAAUGGGUUUGCUCUGCCGCUAAAAGAAGAACAUAAAUUGUUCCUUGUUCGGGCAUUAGUCCCUCUUCACAAACCAAAGUGCUUACCUAUAUACCAUCAGCAGUUGUCAUACUGCAUUACACAGUUUGUGGAAAAAGAUUGCAAGCUCGUAGAUACUGUUAUAAGGGGUUUAUUGAAGUACUGGCCUAUAACUAAUAGCUCAAAGGAGGUAAUGUUCCUAAGUGAGCUUGAGGAAAUCUUAGAAGCAACCCAGCCAGCAGAAUUUCAAAGAUGUGUAGUUCCCCUGUUCCAUCAAAUAGCUUGUUGCUUGAGCAGUUCACACUUCCAGGUGGCAGAAAGGGCUUUGUACUUGUGGAACAAUGAUCAUAUUGAGAACUUAAUCAGACAGAACCGAAAAAUUAUACUGCCCAUCAUCUUCCCUGCCUUGGAAAAGAAUGGACGUAAUCACUGGAAUCAGGUAGUGCAGAGCUUAACUCUUAAUGUUCACAAGAUCUUUGCUGACGUUGAUCCUGAGCUAUUUGAAGAGUGCUUAAAGCAGUUUGAAGAACAUGAGGCAAGGGAAGAAAAUAUGAAGGUGAAACACGAAGCCACAUGGAAGCGCUUAGAAGAGAUUGCUGCAACAAAAUCUGCUAUUCCCGGCAGUAUACCCACCCUAACAUCUUCAGGCUAGAGCUAUAGGGAUAUCCAUGUUUAGUAUAAAGUAUUCAAUUUCAUCGAUCGGUCGAGGAGCCAAAGAUGUGUAUUAAUCUUUAAGAGAGAAGAAAAAAGUCAAUUGUUUUGUUGCUGCACUCCAACUUUUUUCUGGUUGUUAGAAGUCACGAGAGUAGGGGGGGAAAACUUCGUGAAGCGAAGGAGUCGCCGAUGCCAUUUGCUGAUGGGGAUGAUACAUACAAAGGUACACUUGGAGCAGGAGUUAAACAAGCUGUGCUCCAUAUUUAUGAUGGUGGGGGGCGGGGGGGAGGGACAUAACUAGUCAGCUUGGCCUUCUUAUAGAUAUUUUAGUGUCUCACGGAGCUACGACAGUUGCUUUAAGCACUCAGAUCUGAUUUUAAGUGGCUUUUAUGCACUUGCUGAAUUUCUUUGAUCUCAUUUCUUAUGUGUAUGUAUAUAAAUAUAUAUUUUGUAAAAUUUAGCUUUGUUGGUGUGAAUCAUACUUUUGCAACUAUUUUAAUUUGAAGAUGGUGAUUCUUUUUCCU